AUGAUACCGAUUGAACAUGCCUCUCCAACAUAUCGGGUCACUCACUUCUCCGAGGAAACCAACUCAGCAAACUUGAAAGCCAGUCUCGAUUUGCUCGAUGAAUUACGUGCUGACGCCGAAGUUCGCAAUGCUGCUUAUGAACGACGUAGCGAAAAAUAUAUAAACUCGAGGCUCAAGCCACGUUCGUUUGUUAGAGGAGACCUCGUCCUGAAAAGAGUCACUGGUGCUCAUGUCGGCCCGUUACAACCAAAGUGGGAAGGACCCUUUAAAGUGAAUCGCCUGAUCUCCCAUGGUACUUACCGACUUGAAACGUUGGACGGUGUUCCCCUUCAAUAUCCCUGGCACACGACAUAUCUGAAGAAAUACUACCAGUAA